AUGCGGAAAUUUUCAGCUAUUUAUUUAAAACUGAGUUCAAGCUCAGUAAAACGAUUUUUGUCAUCACAAACUUUAAGGUGCCAUGUUAAAUUUCGAUCAAACUCAUUCACAAAGAUUGGAGGUCUGCUUUUUCUUGCACAACUGUUGAGUUCAGCAUUAGAUACACACAUACAGGGUUUCUUUGUAAUUGCUGCCAUGGGAAGAUACUUGACUAUGAUGUUGCUGCUGAUGCUGCUGGUGCAGCAUUUCGGAAACUGUGAAGGAAAUCCAAGGCCACAUCAUGCUCCACCGAUGCAAUUUACACAAGUACAGUAUAAUGCCACUGUGUAUGAGAAUUCUGCAGCCAAGACUUAUGUUGGGCAUCCAGUGAAAAUGGGCAUUUACCUUACAAAUCCAUUAUGGGACCUAAGAUACAAGAUUAUUUCUGGUGACAAUGAGAACUUGUUCAAAGCUGAAGAAUAUGUUCUUGGAAACUUUUGCUUUUUGAGGAUACGGACCAAGGGAGGAAACACAGCUAUCCUUAACAGAGAAGUAAAAGACCAUUAUAUGUUGACUGUUAAGGCAGUUGAAAAAAAUUCAAAUGCUGAAACGCGCACGAAGGUCAGAAUACAGGUACUGGAUACAAAUGACUUGCGGCCUUUGUUUUCUCCAACAUCUUACAGUGUUUCUUUGCCUGAAAACACAGCAAUAAGGACCAGCAUCGCAAGAGUCAGUGCAACAGAUGCAGAUAUAGGAACAAAUGGAGAGUUCUACUAUAGCUUUAAAGAAAGAACGGAUGUGUUUGCUAUACAUCCAACUAGUGGAGUGGUAGUUCUAACUGGUAGACUUGACUACUCGGACACUAAGCGUUACGAAAUGGAAAUUCUUGCAGUGGACCGUGGGCUGAAGCUGUAUGGUAGCAGUGGCAUAAGCAGUAUGGCAAAACUAACUGUUCAUGUAGAGCAAGCAAACGAAUAUGCCCCUGUUAUUACAGCUGUUACAUUGACUCCAUCAGAAUUGGACAAAGAUCCAACUUAUGCAAUUGUAACUGUAGAGGACAAUGAUCAGGGUUCAAAUGGGGAAAUAGCAUCAUUAAAUAUUGUUGCAGGUGAUCCGCUUCAACAGUUCAAAACAGUGAGGUCUGUUCCAGGAGGUAAAGAAUACAGAAUAAAAGCCAUUGGUCACAUCGAUUGGGAGAACCACCCUUUUGGAUACAACCUUACCCUUCAAGCUAAAGAUAAAGGAGAUCCCCCACAGUUUUCUUCUGUAAAAGUUGUUCAUGUGACAUCACCACAAUUUAAGUCUGGUCCUGUCAGAUUUGAAAAAGAGAUCUAUAGAGCUGAAAUAAAACCCAUAAAAGCACAACAUGCAUCGCAUUUUGAACUUGAAGUUGUGACAAGUGACAGAAGAGCUUCUGCAAAAGUACUAAUUAAAGUACUAGGCAUGAAUAGCAAUCCUCCUGAAUUUACUCAGACGUCCUAUAAAGCCUCCUUCGAUGAGAAUGUGCCAAUAGGUACGAGUGUCAUGAGAGUUAGUGCAAAAGACCCUGAUGAAGGGGAGAAUGGUUAUGUGACCUAUAGCAUUGCAAACCUAAAUCCUUUGCCAUUUGUGAUUAACCAUUUCAGUGGGAUUAUUAGUACCUCGGAAGACUUGGAUUAUGAAUUGAUGCCGAGGGUUUACAAUUUAAGGAUUCGAGCUUCUGAUUGGGGUAUACCAUAUCGUAGAGAAGUUGAAGUUCCUGUUACUAUUAUUUUAAAUAACCUCAAUGACAAUAUACCUCUAUUUGAGAAAAUAAAUUGUGAGGGAACAAUCCCCAGGGAUCUUGGUGUUGGAGAACAAAUAACAACAGUAUCUGCUAUUGAUGCUGAUGAGCUCCAGUUGGUGAGAUACCAAAUUGAAUCUGGAAAUGAACUGGAUUUAUUUAGCCUAAAUCCAAACUCUGGAGUACUUUCACUCAAACAGUCACUAAUAGAUGGCCUAGGUGCUAAAAUGUCUUUUCACAGUUUGAAAAUUACAGCUACAGAUGGAGAAAACUUUGCAAAACCAUUGUAUAUCAACAUAACUGUAGCUACUAGUCGCAAACCAGUCAACUUGCAAUGUGAAGAAACUGGUGUUGCCAAAAUGCUCGCAGAGAAACUCUUGCAAGCAAAUAAAUUGCACAGUCGUGGAGAAGUUGAGGAUGUUUUCUUUGACACUCACUCUGUGAAUCUGCACGCACCUCAAUUUAGAAGUACUCUCCCCAGUAGCAUUGAGAUAAGAGAAGACCAACCUGUGGGCUCCAGCAUAGUACUUAUGAAUGCUACUGAUCUUGAUACUGGCUUCAAUGGAAAGCUGGUGUAUGUUAUCUCUGGAGGUAAUGAAGAUAGUAAUUUCAUUGUUGAUAUGGAAAGAGGAGUGCUGAAAAUUUUAUCUCCCCUUGACCGAGAAGUAAAAGAUAUGUAUACUCUGAAUAUUACUGUCUAUGAUCUUGGAAUACCACAGAAGUCUGCCUGGCACCUCUUAGAUAUAAAAAUUUUGGAUGCUAACGACAACCCACCAGAGUUCCUGCAAGACAGCUAUUUUGUUGAAGUGAGUGAAAACAAAGAGCCAAACAGUGAAAUAAUUCAAAUUCAAGCUACUGAUAAAGAUUUGGGGGCUAAUGGAGAAGUGAAAUAUUCUCUUCUUACAGAUACAGACAAGUUUACUAUUAAUGCUGUGACAGGAAUUGUGAAAGUUGUAGGAGGUCUUGAUCGUGAAGAACAGCACGUGUAUUUCUUGAAAAUAGAGGCUAGGGACCAACCUACUGAAGAACUUCAAUUAUUUUCAACAGUUAUUUUGAAAGUGUCUGUAGAAGAUAUUAAUGACAAUCCUCCUAAGUUUAUUCCUUCAAAUUAUCAUGUGAAAAUUCGAGAAGAUCUUCCCGAGGGAACUAUUAUUACGUGGCUAGAAGCUUAUGAUCCUGAUUUAGGCCAGUCAAGUCAAGUACGAUACAGUCUUUUGGACAGUGGAGAUGGCACCUUUGAUGUUGACAAACUGAGUGGAGCAAUACGUAUUGUACAAAGACUGGAUUAUGAAAAGAAACAACUUUAUAACUUGACUGUGCGGGCCAAGGACAAAGGAAAACCCAUUUCAUUAUCCUCUACGUGUUACGUUGAGGUUGAGGUAGUUGAUGUGAAUGAAAACUUGCACCCUCCACGGUUCUCUAUAUUUGCAGAUAAAGGCUUUAUAAAAGAAGAUGCCCCUGUUGGCUCCUCAGUAAUGACAGUAUCUGCUUAUGAUGAAGAUGCAGGACGAGAUGGGGAGAUUAGAUAUUCCAUCAGAGAUGGAUCUGGUAUAGGAGUUUUUCGAAUAGAUGAAGAAAAAGGUAUUAUUGAGACUGCAGAUCGCCUGGAUCGUGAGACUACUUCACAUUACUGGUUAACUGUUUAUGCAACAGACCAAGGCAUUGUGCCUUUAUCAUCUUUCAUUGAAAUCUACAUAGAAGUUGGGGAUGUUAAUGAUAAUGCUCCUCAGACCACAGAACCAGUUUAUUACCCAGAGGUCAUGGAAAACUCACCUAAAGAUGUAUCCGUCAUUCAGAUUGACGCAUUUGAUCCAGAUUCUAGCUCAAGUGAAAAACUGACCUAUAAGAUUACAAGUGGCAACCCACAGGGCUUCUUUUCAAUAAACCCCAAAACUG